UUUUUUUUUUUUAAUUUGUUUCCUCUCAAGAGAAAUUCGUCGAUGAGUUGUAGCAUUUUUGUGGUGAAAACAAUCUUAUAUUCAAACCAUUCAUUUAUUCAACUUGACGAAAUGCUAAUAAGCUUUGUAGAUGACAUGAUAUUUCAUUUAUCCUUUGCUUCUUUUUUCUUUAAACUUUGUCUUAUUCCAUACUUUUUUUUUCCAUGCUUGAAUGCAAAUCUUUUCUCUCCACUCGUCAUCUAUAACUACCCAACCGUAUUGUAUCAAUUUUAAUUAUGCAAUAGACUCAAUUCUCUUACCGAUCAUUUAACUGUCUCAGUCUCGUUCCUAUCGUCUACAUUAGUAUUUUAUAAUUUCCACACUUUAAAUUUAUUAUUAUCUUUAUCUAUUUGUAUAUAUUCUAGUUCAUUCAUCUUAUAAUUUUGAAGUAUUUUAGUUCUAUAUAUCUUGCAAAAAAUGGCAAGUUCAUCUUGUCAUUCAGAAUCCGAUAAGGGAAAAGGCACGACAUGAACGUCUUCAUCAAUUGGCAACACAAGAGAGCAGUAAAUAAACUAAAAGCCCAUCCUUAGCAGCAUCUUCAGGAAGAGGUUAGAGGAGUAAUAGAUUUUUGCAAUUAAUUCAGAUGAGAGAGAGCCUCUCUACAUUGAUAGAAAUGGAUGAAUGGGAGGUAGAUGACGAUGAACUAGAGAGUUACUCAGUUGAGAAAUUCAAGAAGAAUGGUAAACAUUUUAGUCAUGAUCAUCCCCUGUCACGCAUCAUGUCCUGUGAUGAAGAUGAAGAUGUUGAUGAGAAUAAUGAUGUGUGCAGCAUUUGUGGGCUUCCAAUUCUUUCUAUCCCCUCCUACUCCUGUACCAAUGCUUGCCAAUUCUUCCUCCACGAACAAUGUGCACUCAAAUUGCCCCCAAAAUUCAUCCAUCCCACUCAUGGUCCUGACUUCGACGGCAAGCACACCCUUUACAUGCAGAAACGAUCAUCUUCCCACAAUUUCACCUACAAAUGUGAGGAUUGCGAAUUUGAAAUCCACCCUUUGGUUGCAGUGGGUGGUGUUGAGAUCAAAGUCAAACACAAGAGCCACCCAUUGCACCCGCUCGUGGCCCUGGGCAAGCAGAUUUCGUGUGAGUGCGACGCGUGUGGGAAGAAGCAAGACGGCUUCUUCUUCUCGUGCCAAGACUGCAAUUUCUGGAUUCAUCGAGAUUGUACCUUAUUGCCCAACAUCAUCACAUUACUCAAUCAUCCUCAGCCUUUUAUUCUUGCAUAUUCUCUCCCUCCUUUCCUAAUUCAAGACGGCUGCCUAAUUUGCCAGAAAGAGCUGCUUGUUAGGCAUAAUGGCAUAUAUUUCUACCCCCAGUCCGGAAUUUUUACUCACGUAACCUGCGGAAUGGAUAAAUCUGCUGUGUCCAAAACAGGACUGGAGUUGAUCCAACUGCCGGAUGAUGAGUGGGACGACGCUUUCCCAAGUUUGGCUAUUCGCAGAUACAAAUUAGGCCCACAACCACAUGCAUACGAUAGUGGUGAUGAGUUGACGAUCGAAAAAUAUCACAACCAUCCGCUCAUCCUAACUCAACUCACCACUAAACCAUGCAAUCUAGCUUGCGAUAUGUGCACACGACCUAUUAAUACUAUCUCAUCUCCGUUUUACAAAUGUGAUGAUUGCCAUUUUGUUGCCCACAAAAUCUGUGCUGAUAUUCUUCCUAUUCUCAAAUUCUCCAUUCCGGGUUUAGCCAGACCUGCUGUGGCGGAACUUUAUCGAGACCUGAGCACAUGCUUUUUUAACUCAGUAUUUCACUGCAAUUUCUGCCAUCGUCCUUGCAAUGGACUUUGUUACUACAUUCAUCAGGUAGAUGUUGAUUACUGCAUUGAUCUAGAGUGCAUGGCUGCACCCAGCAUUGUCAAACACGCUUCACACGGCCAACAUCUUCUUUUCCGAACCUCCCGGCUGUGGACCGCGGCUCCUCUCACAUGUUGUCCCAAUGACUCCUUACUUUACGAUGUCUACAGAUGCAUUGUCUGCGACUACUGCAUACACGUAAGCUGCGCAAUGCUUCCGGAAAGGAUUGUAUUCCAAGAAUACCACCACCAUCCUCUUCAUUUGCUCUUCACUGCUACUACUACUCGUGAUGACUUCUGCGAGGUCUGCGAGAAAGAUAUAGACCUCAAGUAUUGGAUGUAUGGGUGUGCUGUGUGUAAGCAAUGGUUUCACAUAAACUGCAUUCCAUCAGUUGGGUAUUUAUCCAAAGUCAAGUUUGGAGGAACAAUCAGUAUUCCUGACUGUCACAUUCAUGAUCUCAUUCUUACUCGGAUGCUUACUCUGCCAUCUCAGAGGUGCGGCCAUUGCAAACAAACCAUCCAAGGCUUGCAAGAUGAGAUGGCCUUGUUUUGCUCUCAUUGUCAGUUUAGACUUCACUUUUCAUGUGCUAGGAAUUCCCUCGCUCUUAAAACUUACAAUCCAUUGAAGCUUUACUCGGAAAUUGAUGAUGCAUUGUUAAUCAGGGAGAUCAGGGAAGAGCUCGCUGAAGAUGACGAAGAUUGAUAUUGGAAGACGUGAACAUGAUUGUAACAAAACAUCUAGAUCAUAUAUAGUGUCCAUGUCAUCAAGACUGUGUAUAUAUAAUAAUAUUGUCUCUGUUUAUAUA